CCGUCAGUCUUGAGUUGUCAACUGAUAAUAUUAAAAUUUUAAAUUGGUGAUUUCUAUUAGAAGAAACAAUGUCUCAUUUGGAUUUGAUAUGUGACCAUUCCAAAGAAAAAUUAGUAGUGGUGCCCCAGGAUGUGUUGGAUUUAACCAACUUGAAGAUGCUUUUCUUAGAGGGGAAUUUUAUUACUGCAUUACCGGAAAAUUUGUUUAGGAAACUACCUAAAUUAAUGUGGUUAGAUUUAAGGAACAAUUUACUGGAAUCUAUCCCUGCUAGUAUUGCAUUUCAUGAAAAACUAGAAAAUUUGUUAUUAUCGAAUAAUAAUUUACAUAAUCUACCAAAUGAACUUGGUACUGUGCCAAAUUUAAAAGCUCUGCAAGUAUCUGAUAAUCCUUUGGUAUAUCCAAGCAGACCUGUUAUAGUAUCUGGUACAAAGACCAUAAAAAAUUUUCUAAAAGCACAAUAUGAAAGAGAUCAAGUUAAAAAGCAAAGAGAAGAAGAUGAUGAUACAGACAAAACUACAGCAACGGACAGUUCCAUAACAAACGAAGAGGAAUUCAGGAGAGGCGAACAACUGGUAAAGGUAACAGAAAUAGGGAGUUAUAAGAGUUAUAAUAACAUGGAAACAUCUGUUAAACCCAGUAAAGAAUCUAACAGACCAUCUAGCAAAAAUUCAGUAGUUAGGACUAUCAGAAAAAAAGUAUCAGAUGGCCAGACUCUUAAUCCAGAUCUAAAAAUAAAACAGUUGCUCUCACCAGAAAUAGUGAGAUGUAAGAGAGAUACAGAUAAAACAAAAAUAGUACACAAAGUAAGUAGAACUGGAUCAAAAUUAUUCUUAAAGUCUUACUUUAAUAAACCGUUAUGCGGAGGUGAUGGAAAAAAGUUCAACAAUUUAAAAGAAGGAUGGUUAAAUGAAUUAAGAAUAUUAUUAACAGACCAAGAACGGAUAUUGCAACAAGAAAAAAACCUCAGAACCAUCUCCAGCUGGAGGAUGAAGAAAAAGACAGAAAGUGAAAUGUAUCCGAAAUUUGCCAGUGAAGAUCAUCCGAAACCCCCGUACGAUACAGACGAAAGGUACUCAAAAAUGCCGUCUAGAGAAGAUCUGGCUAAACAGUUUAGCGAGUUUACAGAAAAAGGUUAUGUGAGCAGGGAACCAACUACUUACUCGACAAUAAAUGUUCAGAAGAUGAUUAACGGUUUGAUGGAGCAACUGAAAGAUAUGCAGAUUGCAUAUGAUCCUCUUUCCCCUAGUGCUGAAGCUGAAAAAGCCGAGAUGCAAAUAAGAACUAUUAUGGAAAUUCAGAAGAAAUUAAUGAACCUGAAGUCAAUCAACGAAAAAACCUUAUAGUAUAAAGCCACAUGAUUUAUAUUAAAAGCUGAAAGAUUGUAUAACAAUCGAUCUUAAUAAAAAAUUUCUACAUA